GUGAAAAUAUUUUACGAAUUCCAUGUGUAAUUCAUACACUUCAGUUAGCAAUUGGCAAAGGAUUAGUAUCUGUAGAAAUUCUUAUAAUACGUAAUUCUUCUUAUCAUACUUGGAAUUAUUUCUUUUAUCUUAAAAAUGCAAUUAUUCGACUUCAAGUUGAUUUAGUUACAAGUAUAAAUAGGAAAGACAAAAGAAUUUUGAAAAAAGUUAAAAAUAAUAUCUAUUCUGCAUUAAUUUAUUAUUGGGAUUUUUCUAAUGAUAUAGAAUUAAUGGCUUCUCUAUUAGAUCUACAUUAUAAAACAUUGGAUUUUGUAGAAUCAGAAGAUGAAAAAAAGAAAAUAAUUCAAAAACUUCAUAAUGAACUUAAUUCAAAUAAUUUAUUGCCUGUAGAAUCAUCUAGUUCAAUUGUACUUUUAACAAAUAAUACAGAAUUUUCAUUACAUUCACACAAGGAAUAUUGA